AAUGGGUGUAAAACCCUUAAAAACAAUAGAAAAAUAUAUUAAAAUCAGUGAAAAUAAUUGAUAUUUAGUGUUAUUAUUAAUAAUAGAUUUUUUAUAAUCUUUUAUUUUCAAUUUACAAUCAAUUAGUGAGUUUAAAUUAUACUCCAAAAGUACAGAAAGCAACGUUCAUAACCAACAAUUUUUACCUGUCAUUAUCCUACAAUUGUUUACAAUUUUCUUCAAUUAUUGUUUAUUUUUUCUUAUCAUUGACGAGAAUUGUAAAUCUGACAAAAAGCAAAAUAUUUCAUUGUAAAUCGUCUUUUAGGAGAACACACGUCAGCUAGGCACACAUUUGUCUGUAUACAUAUAUAUGUAUUAGUUGAUGUGAAUUGCAUAUGCAGACAUUCCAUCAGGUUUUAUCAUAGGAUUUAAACCUUUUUGAGUAACCUGCCAAAAAAUGGUGCUCAUUGCUGCUGCAGUAUGUACGAAAGCAGGGAAAACUAUUAUCUCUCGUCAAUUUGUGGAAAUGACGAAAGCUCGAAUAGAAGGAUUAUUAGCUGCAUUUCCAAAAUUAAUGAGUUCUGGUAAACAACAUACUUUUGUCGAAACAGAUUCCGUUCGUUAUGUUUAUCAGCCACUAGAGAAAUUGUACAUGUUACUAAUAACAACAAAAGCUAGCAAUAUUCUCGAAGAUUUGGAAACAUUACGACUUUUUGCUCGUGUGCUUCCAGAAUAUUGUAAAUCAAUGGAUGAACUAGAAAUAGCAGAGAAUGCAUUUAAUUUAAUUUUUGCAUUUGACGAAAUUGUAGCAUUGGGUUACAGGGAGAGUGUAAAUUUGGCACAAAUAAGAACAUUUGUCGAAAUGGAUUCACAUGAGGAGCGUGUUUAUCAAGCAGUUCGAUUUACACAAGAGCGUGAGGCAAAAAAUAAAAUGCGUGAAAAAGCAAAAGAAUUACAGAGACAACGAAUGGAAGCGAACAAAAAAGGUGGCAUCAAAAGUCCAAACUUUGGCGGUGGAUUUGGAAAUAAUUCAUUUCCAUCGAAUUCAAGUAUUGGUGAUUUAGCGAAUUUUAUACCAGAACCAGUGAAACCUGUACAGUAUUCAUCGGUUCCAAAAACAACAUCCGCUGGACCUGGAGCAAUGAAAUUGGGUGGUAAGGCACGUGAUGUUGAUUCGUUUGUUGAUCAACUUAAAGAAGAAGGCGAAACUGUGUCGAUGAAUAAUUCCAGUGCUACUGGAAAGAAAGUAACGAGUCUACCACAGCCAAUUGUCAAUACAGAGCCGGUUCAUUUGAGGCAAGAAGAAAGGCUUAGUUUACGUGUGAGAAGAGAUGGCGGUGUUCAAUCAUUUGAACUUCAUGGAUUGGUGACGCUAAAUAUUUCUGAUGAAAAGUGGGGUCGUAUUCGUGUUCAACUGGAAAAUAAAGACACAAAAGGAGUACAAUUUCAGUCUCAUCCAAAUGUAGAUAAGGAAUUGUUUAGGAUGCAGAAUCAGAUUGGAUUGAAAAUCCCCUCGAAACCCUUUCCAAUUAAUACGGAUGUUGGUGUAUUGAAAUGGAGGUUACAGACUCAAGAUGAAACUGCACUACCUCUUUCUAUAAAUUGUUGGCCAUCUGAGAAUGGAGACGGUGGAUGUGACGUGAAUAUUGAAUAUGAAUUGGAACAGACUGAUCUAGAAUUAAACAAUGUUCAGAUUGCCAUUCCUCUUCCUUUGGGAUGUAAUCCUGUUGUAAACGAAUGUGACGGACAGUACAAUCACGAUUCGAGAAGAAAUAUGCUAACAUGGUCCUUGCCAAUUAUAGAUGCAUCAACAAAAUCUGGAGCUAUGGAAUUUUCCGCUCCUUCGUCAACGCCUUCGGAUUUCUUCCCUCUUCAUGUCACUUUUUCAUCAAAGACAUCUUAUGCCAAAAUUAAGGUCAUUAAUGUUUUCCUGGUUGAAGAAGAGACCCCUGUUAAACACUCAGUGGAAACAGUUUUCUUUACAGACAAUUAUGAAGUGGUAUAAAGAAAAAACAAAAUUAUGAAAAGAAUUGACAUUGGGCCACUGUAUUAUACCAUCACCCGUUUGAAUUAGUUAAUUGGACAUAAGAAGUAUUAGUGCAUGAGGAUAAAACAUACAUUUAAUUCAAAUGUUGAGCUUAAGCUGAGCGGCUUAUUUCUUUGUAACCUAGGUAAUAAUAUAAAUUGUAAAACACUAACACAGUGAAAACGAAGUAUUAUCUUCGUUUUAUAAAACAAAAAAAAAUAUUUUAACAUUCCUAUCAUAUACUGUUAUUUUACUUUAAUUAAAAAAAAUUCGUUCAUUUUAUCCAUA